CUUUUCGAAAAUCCCCCACAGAAUCCCAUCCCCCCGGGCCCCGGCAACCGCUGGCGCUGCCUCCAGCCCUCCAACACCACGACCGCCGGGCGGCUCCUCCUCCUCUGCCGGAGAGCUCGGCGGGCGGCAUGGGAACAGAGUAUCCCACCUUCGCCGACGUAUCCGGGGCCCGCGCGCUCCUCUUCCUCGCCGACUCCACACCCCGGCUGGCCCCGCCUUCGCGUCCUCCCGCUCUCAGCGAGGAGUUCUACUGCUACUCGGGCUCCUCGUCCUCCUACUCCGGCGCGUCGACGAGGUCAUGCGUCUCCGACUCGGCACAGCGCGGUCGCCCCGUCGAUCCCCUACGCGUGCUCUCCGUCGUCGCCUCCCUCCGCCGCAUCGACCCUAAGGUGCUAGCCGAGGCCACAAGCGCGCUGUUCCAUACCGACGCAGAGAAGAAGCGGAAGGGCGUGUGGAUCGAGAUCGACAGCGGUGGUGACGACGGCCAGAGCGAGAGGAGCAGCGCCGUGGCCAGCGAGGGGAGCACCGUCACGGCCGCCGCGUCCGCGGGCUCCACGGCCACGUCGGGGAGAUGCCGCGGGGCUCCGCGGGUGGGUUGUGCUGCUGGUGGUAAGGGGCCGAGGAGGGCGGAGGUGAUCAUGCAGUGGUUUUCGCAGACGCAAGCUGGGCCAGCGACGGAGAACGACAUCCGCGCCGCCGUCGGCGACAACUCCGGCACGAGCAAAGCGAUACGAUGGCUGUUGAAGCAGGAGGGCGGCUUGCGGCGUGCAGGCAAUGGUGGUGCCCUGGAUCCGUAUGUUUAUAUGGCGUUUACCAGCCUAGGUGGAAGUCCCUGGCUCGCUGUGCUGCAGCCUGGUCCGCAUUGCUGUCGCUGAAAGCUGCAUGAGAAAGGAUGAGAUGGUGUGCGACAAGGUACGGCUCCGUGGUGGAGUUGCCUCCGGCGGGGCACCCGGAACACCUUCCCGGUGCGUGCAAGCCAUUGUCGUAGCCCAGAGCAGCGACGCACCUCGGCUCGUUGAAGGUAAACCAGUUCUUCACCCUGUCUCCGAACGCGUGGAAGCAGAACUCGGCGUAGUCUGCAAACGCCUCCCUUCGAUUGGGCACGGCGUGCAGCUGGGUCAGACUGACUGACACAUGGUUGAAUCAAUUUGAAAUUUGGUUUCUAGAUGUCGUCUAGUUUGCAAUUCUUACACAAUCUUUGGGCUAAGCCAGCCCAGGUACUGUUCAUGGAGUGCCAAUGGGAGGUCAUAAUGGUAGAGAUUUGCAUACGGCGCGAUACCUGACUUGUAUGUAUACAUAUAUAUAAAGGUUAACCAGGAAUCUGAAUGUUUCCUGAAAGAAU